AUGGCACAGAGCCGCGGGCGACGGCCGUCCGUGAGUUCGGGCAGCCUCCAGAGCGCCAUGGUCGGUCCCAAGAAGUUUGUGCCCAAGUCAGACGACGCCAUCGAGCGCAUCAAGCGGUCGGUCGCGAGCAACUUUAUGUUCAACUCGCUCGACGUGGAGCAGCAGCGCGACGUCAUCGGCGCCAUGGAGGAGAAGGUCGUGCGCCGAGGCGACAUUGUCAUCAACCAGGGGGACGAAGGCGACUACUUUUACGUGAUUGACGACGGCGAGUUGGACGUCUUUACGCGCGCGACCGGCCUCGCGACGCCCGUCUUCCACUAUGUUCGAGGCAACACGUUUGGCGAGCUCGCGCUCAUGUACAACAGCCCUCGCGCGGCCACCGUGGUCGCCACCACGGACGCCGUGCUCUGGGCGCUGGACCGCGAUACGUUUCGGCGCAUCAUUGUCACGGCGAGCAAGAUGCGAUCGCAGAAAUACGAAGCACUGCUGGCCAACAUGGAGCUCAUGUCGCACUUGACGCGCCAUGAGGUCUCGAUCAUCGCCGACGCGCUGCAGCCCGCGACGUACCGCGCGGGCGACGUCGUCAUCCGCCAAGACGACGCCGACUACAACACGUUCCAUUUCUACCUCCUCGUGGACGGCGAGUGCAACUUUGUCUACUCGGACGACGACGGCACGAGCUCCGUUGUCGGCUCGGUCGGGCCGGGCGGCUACUUUGGCGAAAAGGCGCUCACAGAGAAGUCCAAGCGCGCCGUGAGCGUUGUCGCGGCCACCGACGUCUCGUGCUUGUCGAUGGACGUCGCGACCUUCGAGCGUCUCAUGGGCCCGUUCCAGGACAUCUUUGAGCGCCAGAUCACGAGCUACCCGAACGCGAGCGAGGUUCACUUUGAAUUGCGCAAGACGCGAACCGUGCUUUAG